GAUACUCGCACCGGUGGACAUGUCUUCCCACUUUACAGCAAGGGCGGCGGCCCUCCUGGCCCUGACCCUGACCCUGCUCCUGGCUGUCAGCGAGGCGUCCAGGAUGGCCAAAUUGCACCGGAUUGCAAUCCACCGAUCGCCGAACUUUGAGCGCAGCCAGAAGGCCGUGGCGGCGGAGAGAGACUUGGUCCAGCGAAAGUACAGCCAAAACCUAAGCCAAAAGGCCAACGGCUAUCCGGUGGAGCCGCUGUCGAACUUUGACAACUAUCAGUAUUACGGAAACAUCAGCAUCGGCACUCCGCCGCAAUACUUCAUGGUCCAGUUCGAUACGGGCUCCUCGAACCUCUGGAUCCCAAGUGUGAACUGCACGAGCGCGGGCUGCUAUGACCAUCAGACGUAUAACCAGACCGCCUCCAGCACGUACCAGGCCAACGGAACCUACUUCUCCAUCACCUACGGCACUGGCAGUGUCAGUGGCUACCUCGCCGUGGACUCCGUCUCCGUGGGCGGACUGACGGUGGCCAACCAGAAGUUUGGUCAGGUGUACACCGAGGUGGGAACGAACUUCGUGGACGCCCUGUUCGAUGGCAUCUUGGGCAUGGGUUUCCCGGCUUUGGCGGCGGACGGUGUUGUUCCCCUCUUCCAGAACAUGAUUAGCCAGAGCCUGGUGGCGAACAGCGUGUUCUCCUUCUAUUUGCGCGACAACGGCUCCACCGUUAACUACGGUGGCGAGCUUAUCCUGGGCGGUUCGGAUCCCUCGCUCUACAGCGGCGGCCUCACCUACGUCCCAGUGAGUCAGCCGGCCUACUGGGAGUUCAUCACGAACUCCAUCAAGAUCGGGAGCACGAUCAUCAGCAAGGGCGAUGCGGCGAUUGCGGACACGGGCACCUCCUUGAUCAUUGCUCCCCAGGCCGAGUUCACCGCCAUUGCGGCCAUCUUCUCGGCCGACUCCAGUGGCGUGUUCUACUGCACCUCGACCAAAUCCAUGCCCGAUCUGGUCAUCACCAUUCAAGGCGUAGACUUUAGGAUCUCGGCCAGCUAUUAUGUGGAGCAGUCUGGCAGCGCUUGUCAGCUGCUUAUCCAGUCCAUUAACCAGGAGUUUUGGAUUCUGGGCGAUGUGUUCCUGGGCCUCUUCUACACGGAGUUUGAUGUAGGCAACCAGCGACUGGGAUUUGCUCCAGUCAAUGCGGCGGAUUCUGUAAAACAAAUGGGUCUGUGGAAGGUCCUGGCCUUGGUCAUGGCUUGGGGUCUGUGGAGAUUGGGGAACUAGUGUCUUUGUGGGAAUUGCUGUAAAUAGUUUAUAAUUUUUUUUUUUCUAAUUUAAAAAAGAAGCGAAAUUUAAAUAAAUCCACAAAACACACUCAUAAAA